UGAGAGUCCCAUCAUGGCCGGGCACCUACUGCUGCUCCUCUGCCUCCUCCCCUGGGCCAGUGGGGGGCUCUACUUCCAGCAGGGGCAGCACUGCUACAGGCCCCCCCUCAAACGGCACCCGGGUAUCAGGACCUACCCGCGGCCCCACGAGUACCUCCCCGUGUCGGAGCUGCCGAAAGUCUGGGACUGGCGCAAUCUGAAUGGAACCAACUAUGUCAGCACCACCCGGAACCAGCACAUCCCCCAGUACUGCGGCUCCUGCUGGGCCCACGGGAGCACCAGCGCCAUGGCCGACAGGAUUAAUAUCAAGCGCAAGGGGGUGUGGCCCUCGGCCUACCUGUCCGUCCAGCACGUCAUUGAUUGCGCCAACGCCGGAUCCUGCGAGGGGGGAGACCACGGGGGAGUCUGGGAGUAUGCGAACAGCCACGGGAUUCCCGACGAGACCUGCAACAACUACCAAGCCAGGGACCAAAAAUGCGACAAGUUUAACCAAUGCGGCACUUGCGUGACCUUCGGGAAGUGCUUCUACCUGUCCAACUACACACUAUGGAAGGUCGGGGACUUCGGCUCGGUCAGCGGGAGGGAGAAGAUGAUGGCGGAGAUCUACAAGAAUGGGCCAAUCAGCUGUGGGAUUAUGGCCACGGAGAAGCUCGAUGCCUACACGGGGGGUCUGUACGCCGAGUACCAGCCCAGCGCCAUGAUCAACCAUAUUGUCUCCGUCGCUGGAUGGGGAUUGGACGAGAGCGGCGCCGAAUACUGGAUUGUGCGCAAUUCAUGGGGGGAGCCCUGGGGAGAGAGGGGCUGGCUGCGCAUAGUCACCAGUGCGUACAAGGGAGGCAAGGGGGCCGACUACAAUCUGGCUAUUGAGGAGGACUGUGCCUACGGCGACCCCAUUCUCCCAUAAGGAACAAGAAGCCGCAACAACUCCCCGCAGCCGCAACAACUCCCCGCAGCCGCAUUUGCCUUGGAUUCUUUAUUACGUUCCCAUAUUGGGGGCUUCGCUUUAGAACAAACGCAGUAUCUGGGUUUUACUGCAGAGUAAAUUGUUACUGACUCAGGGGGGCAAUAGGGGCCCGGGGGCAGUGCUUAUGGGCAUCACCAGGUACAUGGGGGUAACUGCGGGGGCAGGAACAGUGUUUAUUGGCUACUUGAUUCCAAUGUUUCUGAUCAAUUAACUGCACUGAUUUACUGAAUCUUUUUUAUUGUGCUUUUAUAUGAUUUUAGUGCCUAAUGCUGAUUGGAUGAGGGCCAUGGGGUACGGCUGGCAGCCACCCUGGGGCCAAUAAGGUUUGGGGCCACAGAACUAAUGCAAACUCCAUCUGGCUCAGUUGCCAAGCAACAACCCACCCUGGUUAUGCAUUUGCCCCCUGUCUUGCCCCCCGGGUUGCACCUCACUCUGUGGGCAGAACAAGCCUGGGUGUCAUUCAAAAUAUGCCCACUAGGGGGCAAAUAAUGAAUAGAGGGCUUGCUCCUGAGAGCGCUGAGAUCUGCUCCUUAGGGCUGUUAAUGUGACUUGUGCCUCAGUCUAAUUCAGGUAUAUAUGCCCCAUGGAUGGGCCCUAAGGGGUGUCAGGGGUAAAUACGCCUUAAAUACACCAACCUCAGGUAUCAGGGAUAAAAUGACAGAUCUAACUGAGAAUUUUAUUUUAUCAGGAAUUUUGCAUAGGUUUUAUUUGUGCCAGCAAUAAAGGGGUUAAUGUUGGCAGUCAGUGCGCUGCUGGGGGGGGGGAUCGCUGCUGCCAAUCACAUGGAAUGAUCUUGUAGAUUUUGCUUUUGUGCCGAGAUUAAAGGGAAAGUAAAACACGCUGCAAGUGAUUUUGUGUUUUCCUAAUAAAAUUUUAUCGCUAAA